AUGAAAGCAUCGCUAGCUUCAUUAUCGUCUUCAGCAAUAAUCAAAUACUUUACUAAAGCAUCGACGGAUCUUAUACCUGUUAGUAUGAAUCUCCCACUUCUCAGUUUCUUAAUUUUCGUUAAUUUCUCUUUUGGUUUAUCAACAAAACAUUUAAUUCCGGUCAAUGAGUUGGAGGCCAGAACAGAUCCGUUUCAGAUGAAGAUUUAUACGCAUAAUGUUCGGUAUGCUGCUCCUGGUCACAAGCGUCGGCCGCAUGAACUUUCCUGGCUGAAGAGACGAUAUGGUGUAAUAGCAUCCAUCAAAAGGCACGUUCGAGACACAGCACUGUUAGUUGGCUUGCAAGAAUGUAAACACGAACAAGUUAUUGAUAUUUUGAACGGCUUGAACGGCUUGAACGGCUUGCACGACUUGAGUAACGACCACGAUUCCCAUACGAAUGAGAUGCAGCAGGGAAAUUGGAGUUAUUACGGUAUUGGGAGGGACAAUGGUCAUACAAAAGGCGAAUAUGCACCGAUAUUCUAUGAUAAAGACGAAUGGGAAUUGCUUAAUGCCACUACAAGAUGGUUAAGUCACACUCCACUCAAACCGUCAAAAUUUCCCUCGGCAGGUUCAAAAAGAAUUGUCACCUUGACAACAUUUAAGCAUAAAAACGGAGGCCAAAUCGUCAACUAUGUCAAUACUCAUUUAGAUGACAGGUCCGAAAAGGCAAGAGUAUUUGGGAUGAAGCUUAUUAUGCAAUACGUUAAGCAAAUACCCAACACUCACCCAACUAUUUUAAGCGGCGAUUUUAAUAGCAAGAGCAAUAACCAAGUGUAUAAAUUGCUUGCUGCAGAAAAACUGGUGGAUACUUUCUCUGAAAAACUUGGAAAAAGUAAUAAUGACCCAAUGACUUUGCUGUUAGAGUUAUCCAAGACACCAAAGUCACCCAAGUCACCCACAUUACCAACAUUGCCAACAUUUUCAGGUUUUGGCAAUGCAACUGGAUAUACCAUAGAUUAUAUCUGGAACAUGAGUCCUGAAUCAGGCAUAAAGAUUCUAGGACAUGAGGUUGAUGACAAUUUAUUUGAUCAAGGAUUUAGGUUCAGCGACCAUCGACCUGUAAUAGCCAGCUUCUCUAUAGUCUAA